AUGCGGCGAACGGCAGCUGGAACGGCGCCUUCACCCACACGAAGCACGCAAUGGGCAGCCAAUCGUUGGCAAAAGUCUCAUCUUCACUUGCGCAAGCCACGCUGCUGGGCCGCGUGGGAUGGAACAUGGACCGGACACACCGAUGCCAAGCUGCUGGGUCGCGCCGGCGAAUGGUCUCGAACUGCUGUCAGCAGUCAAUCAAUGGCAAUCAAGAGAGCCCCGGUCCAGAUAGACCGAGAGCUAUCGACUCUUGAAUGGAGAUACAAUAACCCGUCUGGCAUGAACUCCGAGGAUAGGAAAAGACAGGGAACGAUCCCCGGAAGAAACAAGCUGGACCGCCCCCAUCUUCCCCCCAUCCCCUGGUCGCCGCCUCCUCACUACGCCCUCAUACCUCUUCGGGCCCAUCCCGCGUUGGGCAUGGUUCGCACAGAGACAUCCACUCUCCUGCAGACCUCUCCCUCUUGCAGUCCUUCACCCCUCAGUCUCACCCCACUGUUCCCGCCUCUCUGUCUGCUGCGACGCUGCAGUGUAAUUGCUGCGGUCCCUGAUCUUUGGGAAUUCUUGAAAAGGAUCUGCGGUCGCAGUGUUGGUCGCGCCGAAGAGCUCUCUCAGUCCUUUCUCGCUCUUCUUCCUCUUCUCCUACGUGAGGCUUUUCCUAACGUCCUUCUUCCAACGCGAAGAGCCAAAUCCACAUCAACCCCCGAGACAUCGACCGGUGCUUGUGUGCAGUGUGAAACCCUCAUGGAAUUCAAAGUCCAAUUCUUCUGUCUUCUUCUCAAAGCCCUUUGGUAA